CCACCAGCCGUUCGGGUCUUUCUCUGAGACAUUUGUUUCGUUUGUUCCAGCAGCAUUAUUGGUUUAAAUAGUACAAAUAGUACACGCUGAACCGGGUUUAGACAUUCAGUACCACAGCAGCAGAGGCGUGCAGGCUUGCGUAUUGAUCCGGUGCUGUUGAACUGCGAGACGUUUAUAGGCAAGGACCGUAGAUUCUGUCAUUAUCAGAAUCUUUAUAUGGACUGGAGGAAUCCGAUGAGCUAUGAAGAUCUUUUUUCAUAGAUGUCCAGGAGGCUUUGGCUCAAGAGGCUGCCAUGCUGCAACCUAAGUACGCUUCCACUGUGGGUGUCUGACACCACCAAUGGUUGUAGAUGUCUAAGAUAACAGUCACAAAUUAGUUACAAUUAUUUUUAUUGUUGAGUCCGCAUAUUUUUACCUUCAACCACGUGCUAUAAAAACCACGGCAGACAGUUAAGAGCCUUCUGUACUUAUUUACACACCGCUCUGGUGGCCACGUGGCAGAGUUUAGCAAUACUUUUGGAAAUACUUUUUUUGUCAUUCACACAUGUAACUUGAUUAGAAUGCGUGAGAUAAUUCCACCUCUUCCAAGACGUCUGGCUUGCGUGGAAGAGUAGGCCAAAUAUCGUCUAGAGGGGCUCUCAAGAGCUCCCUCGAGUCGAGAUCCUUCCACCAGCAGUGGUGUGACCGAGCAGCUCCAGGACUGCACUUUUUACCUUUUGCUUCAUUAUAAUUUACUUGACGAUAAUAGUUAGAAUUUAAUUGCAACAAGAAAACUAUUUCAGUAACUACAUUUUAUUUUAUGGCUUGAUUGUGCACUCAUGGUUAUUUUAAUGUUACAUAUCGCGCAUGUUCACUUUCGAAUAACGCUGUCCUUCGACUGACACGGCAUGGCGAGGCCUUCAUUCUUCAAGGGUUGACAGAGGGCUGAGAAUUAUUAUUUUAUUUAGUUAACCAAGGCACGGUUGUAUAUCUUUGUGAUUACCACCAUCUGCCGGUUAAAAGUAUAAUGCUUGAGCCGGAGGCAUUGGCUCUGAAUUCAGGUCACUCUGACACUGCUCAAAUUGACAAAAUGCCGCGUGAAUUGAAACAGAGCUUUUUCGUACAAAGAGAUACGUCGUUAUAAAAUAAAAUAAAUCACGACGUUUCGGGCGCAACACAAGCGCAACACAAGAGUGUAGAUCCCUGCAGUCACGAAAGCUUCAAAUCAAGAUAGAUACGUCGUGUUUUAACCAAUCAAAUGCUAAUUCGCGCUCCGUGAUUUUUGUGCAGUAUGCAAUGGUAUUUCAGCAACGUGUGUGGGGGACGGUAGUCGCGCGGUGGUUGGAUCACUGCGCUACAAAUGCAACGACCCGCAGCCAACACAUUUCGGAGGUCUCCACUGAAGCCCGACAAAGACCCGAGGCUGCUGUUCAGUUCAAUCGCUCUGAACUCCGGGCUAUUCGCUUCAACUGAGCUCUGGACUCUCAGCCUUGAGGACGCAUCUGCUGGCCUUCGAUCCUGGGCUCUCAGCUCGCUCGUCUGAGGGUUCCUGCUGUCAACAUUGGGAUUCGCACCGAAGAAUCCCGACUCUGGCAUCACGACCGGCGAACUCGUCAUCCGGCUCCUCUAAACGUGCUGCAACCUCUCACGUCCUGCACUCUCGACUCUGGGCAUCUCAACGUGGCACACUCAGAGACCCGGCUUCAACUCAACCUCGGGCUCGUCAACCUUGGCGCCGUUGAUCCUCCGGGCGAUUCGAAUCCCAGAGGGGUUAAAGCAACGCUGCUGCGGAGCGGUGGGCAAGCGCGCGGCACCCAUGCGGAAAAACAGCAAGGUGGUCCUCAGGGAUGCGGACGUUACCGAGUCGGUGACCGACCUGCUCGGGCAUGCCGAGCGGCCCGACGUUAAGAGCCCAUCGAUCGCGGAGGGCCGCCCCCUCGGCAAAGGGGCGGCGGCCGGCGCCGCCGCGGCCGCCGCGGCCGCCGCCGCCGACUACGCGGACGACGACGAGGAUGAGCGGCCCGCAUGGGGAAGCAAGCUGCAGUACAUCCUGGCCCAGGUGGGCUUCUCCGUCGGCCUCGGGAACGUGUGGAGGUUCCCCUACCUCUGCCAAAAGAACGGGGGAGGCGCGUACCUGGUCCCGUACGUGAUCCUGCUGUUCGUGUUGGGCAUUCCGCUCUUCUUCCUGGAGCUGGCCGCCGGGCAGUUGAUCCGCCGCGGCAGCGUGGGGGUGUGGAGCUACAUCAACUCCAAGCUCGGCGGAAUCGGCUUUGCCAGCUGCAUGGUGUGCUACUUCGUGGCCCUCUACUACAACGUGAUCAUCAGCUGGGCCCUCUACUACUUCUUCCACUCGUUUCAGUACCCGCUGCCCUGGGCCAACUGCCCCGUGCUCCACCACGGCAACACCACCGAAAUUGAGCCCGAGUGCAAGCGGAGCUCGGCCACCACCUACUUCUGGUACCGCCAGGCGCUCGACAUCUCCGACAGCAUCUCGCACGGCGGGGGCCUCAACUGGCGCAUGUCGCUCUGCCUCUUUGCUGCGUGGCUUAUCGUGGCGCUGGCCAUGAUACGCGGAAUACAGUCUUCGGGGAAGGUCAUGUACUUCAGCUCCCUCUUCCCGUACGUGGUCCUCUUCUGCUUCCUGGUGCGCGGACUUUUACUCGAUGGGGCAAUGGACGGCAUCCGCCACAUGUUCAUGCCCAAGCUGGAGAUGAUGGCCGAGCCGCAGGUGUGGCGCGAGGCGGCCACGCAGGUGUUCUUCGCGCUGGGCCUGGGCUUCGGCGGCGUCAUCGCCUUCUCGUCGUACAACAAGCGCGACAACAACUGCCACUUCGACGCCGUGCUCGUGUCCGUCAUCAACUUCCUGACGUCGCUGCUCGCCACCCUCGUGGUGUUCGCCAUCCUCGGCUUCAAGGCGAACGUCAUGAACGAGAGCUGCGUCACCGAAAACUGGGCCCACAUGAUGUCGCUCGUGGCUUCGGGCUCCGUGAGCAUCACGCUCAUCCCAAGCUACGUGAACCUCAGCAAGCCUUCGGUGGACGACUACAAGAGCAUGUACGACGUGGUGCAAAUCGUACACAAGGACGACUUCCCUGCCCUGGGUCUCCAGCCCUGCCUGCUGGAGGACGAGCUCAACAAGGCGGUGCAGGGGACGGGCUUGGCGUUCAUCGCCUUCACGGAGGCCAUAACCCACUUCCCCAUGUCUCCAUUCUGGUCGCUCAUGUUCUUCAUGAUGCUGCUCAGCCUGGGCCUCGGCUCCAUGUUCGGCACCAUGGAGGGUCUCGUCACGCCAAUUGUCGACACCUUCAAGAUCCGCAAGGAGAUCGUCACACUACUGACGUGUGCAGCGUCCUUCCUCGUGGGCCUGGUGUUCGUUCAGCGCUCAGGGAACUACUUCGUCACGAUGUUUGACGACUACUCGGCCACGCUGCCCCUCACUGUGGUCGUCAUCCUGGAGAACACAUCCGUGGCCUGGCUAUACGGCACUGACAAGUUCAUGGACGACAUCAAGGACAUGAUCGGGUUCGCUCCUCCGCGCAUAUACUACUACAUGUGGCGCUACUUCUCGCCCCUCGCCAUGAUCGCCAUGCUGGUGGCCAGCGUGACCCAGAUGUGCAUGCAGACGCCUGGGUAUCACGCAUGGAUCCGCGAUACGGCCACGGAGGAGUACUUGCCUUACCCGCCGUGGGCACUGGCGAUGCUCUCCAUCCUCAUCGUGCUGGCGCUGCUGCCCGUGCCGCUGGUGAUCCUCGUGCAGGUGAUCCGAGCGCGGCGGCCCGACCCGAGCAGCCUCGCCUCCGUCUCCUUCCGCCGCCGCAAGAUCCUGGAAGAGAACUCGCCCCUCGAGGAGCGCGACUCCACCAGCCUCCUGCACAGCCGCGGGUACCGGCAGGCGCAGAACCAGCAGGGAGGCGGCACCGUCGCCGUGCGCAGGGAGGGAGAGGCGGACAACAACACCGCCGCUUCCCUGGCCGCGCUGCCGCCGCCGCCCCCGCCGGCUCCGGCCUCGCUGGCCGUUCCCACCGGGGCGGCGGCGGCUUUGGUGGCCGGAUCUAUCGGCCGGCCCGUGCCACCCCGCCCCGGUCGCCCCACGCGCCCGGCUCGCCCGGCCCCGCCGGCGCGCAAGCCGUCGAUGCCACCGUCCGGCAGGAUCAACGAGGAGGACGGAGGAUUCUCGCCGGAUUUGGACACGGUCGCGCCCGGCAACCGUUACGGCCGUUCGUUUGCUCUGGGGGAUAUUCUCAACUCCGACAGCUAAAGGUGGUUAUGGUUGGAGAGGGGGUUUUUGUUUUUGUUUUAUCAGGUUUCGUGGGUUAAGGUUUUUUUUUUUCUCUCUCUCUCUAUUUUUGAUUUGAUUCGAUUUUUGUGUUCUAUCGGCAAGUGAGCAUCGCAGCGUGUUUCCAGUGUCCGCACGACCGUUGAGACAUCGUCCGUGUUUCCGCGAUCGAUGUAUUUGUCCGCAUAAAUGAAAGGAAGUGCAGCAGGGACCCAUUUAAGGGUGAGUCAGUCAAGUGGAGGUUCCAGGAAAAAGAACAAAUAUAACUUUCCACCGAUGUUAGUCGUGCCCCGGGAAUUGAGCUUAAGCCGCCCGGUUCAUAGUGCGGUGCAUUGAUGACUGCGAUUCUGAUGUAACCAAUCACAGCGCAUAUUUUUUAACUGUUUUAAAGCACAGCAAAUAACGCAGGAGACAGAGAAGUGAGUGCAGCCUGCUCUUCCGAUGACAUUCCAAGUGACGUGCUAGAGAUUGCAAAACAAGAGAAAUAUGAACACGUGUUAAAUAAAGGAUACACAUUAACUUUUACAUUCAUCGACCAAUAAAGCACACGUUUGUUAUUCAAUCUCCGCAUACCUUUCAAUGUAGACUUUUUUUUAGUUCUUCUCUGCUGCAAAACCCCAUGUGACUUCUUGCACAGCCGUACCCAGUGAUGCCACGUGGGCACAGCAGGGCUUAAUAUCAGCCGAGUCUCUCCGGCUUCGGUUUUGGAGUUUCACGUUUAUUUUUGCUAAACCGGGUAAGAGCUCUCGGAGACCAGCAUAUUGUCUCAUUUGCAAGAGUGACCCGAGUCACCCAAAAACAAUUUA